CCCGCACACACACACACACACACACACGGUGUUUUGGACUAUGGCUUCCAGCUCAGGUGAUGUUCUGCCCACAGGCUGCAGGAUCCUCACCUCCAUUCCUGAUGUGUUUUUCAUCCCUGAGUUUGUGUUUGGAGGUUUGGUGUGGACCCUGGUGGCAUCGACUCGUAUCACUACGGCCAACCCUCUGGCCUGGGUGAUGUUCGUGUCCGUCUUCUGCUUUGUAAUGACGACAGCCUGGAUCUUCAUCUUCCUCUGCGGAGCCAAUCGGAGCAGCAUCUGGCUUGCCCUGGACGUAGGUUAUCAUUUUGUGGCGGUGCUUUUCUACCUCAGUGCAUCAGUGAUUCUGGCGUUCAUCACCAUUGAGCAGGCUACAUUGGUUGGGAUUCCUACAGUCGUUGACAAUCUCUUCAUCUACCGACUGGAAAUUUCUGCAGUGGUGAUGUCCUUUCUGGCCACUCUUUUCUACUUCCUCCAUGCCAUUUUCUCUGCCAUCCGAUGGAAGAGGUUCUAAUAAAACAAAACAUUAACCCACCCGCAAACCAAGAACAAGAUCAAAAACAGAACAAACCAAAUAACCAGCAGACCUUUUGUUUUCUUUUUUUCAUUUUCACGUCAGCAAGAGUUUUCUUAAUCAGAAAGGCAAUCCUUGGGUUAGAGUAGAUGAAAGGGAAAUUAACCUGUUUACCAAAAAUAAAUUUGGUAUAAAGAAGUAGAUCUUGUAAAUAACUAAUUAAACCACAGACAUUUAUGAUGACAUCCAAAAAAUUACUUUAUUUACUUAUUUAUUUACUUUUUUAUUUUUUUUAUAGUUUUAUAGUUAUUUUUUUCACCAAAUAACUGAAAUGCCUUAAAGGGUCAGUUUAACCAAAUUACUUAAAACACUUUCUUACUUACCUCAGAACACACAGUUGUCUUAGGGACUAAUUAUGAGGUGUAAAUUCCAAAAGUUGUUAAAGUAUAUCUAUAUCUACAUCGUAAAUUACCGGUAAUCAUCCAAUUGGUUAUAUUGUAAGUUAAAUACACGGUAAAGGUGGACUCUAGUGAUUGAGUAUUGCACUUCUAUAAAGUAAGGUGAAUUGUGAGAGACAGAUAAAAAGAACUGUCAAAACUGAAGCAGCAAAGGCCGAAAUGUCCUGACUUUUAGUCCCCAUAGUAAGCUGAGUCAAGCUUCAAAAAUAACACUAGAGCCUACACUUCCCAUAAUGCAACUUGAUAGCACCUUUCAUUAGAUCCCCCCAGGCAAACUCCCACAUAUUUCAAACUCCGAGAACCACAUGAGUAGGCUCAUUUCAAAUGUUUGCCUGGUUAAUACAGAGACCAGGGGACUGAUUUCAGUUUGUGUCCAACUUUAGCAUUUGAAAGGGAAAGAAGAUAAUAUAACUUACUUGUUUGCUGUUAAACUACAGAACACACCAGAGUGUUUUAGGGCUUAAUGUCACUCAGCAGACUGUAAUUAAGGUGUGAUUGGUGACUUUUGAUUUUGAUACAAUAUGGAUGGAUGAUUUAUUGUCUGCAUUUCUUAAUUAAAUUUAAAAAAAUCAAGUAGCCUACUUAAAUAUUUUGAUGAUUUCACUUUAAAGGUAGUUUUGGAAUCUAUGAUGUGAAAUAAAUUACUAGGCCAUUCAAACAUCACAGCUUUUCUGUUUGUUCAGACAUUUCACUACUACUUCCCAAUGUUUCAUUACCUGUUACUUGUUACCUAUUCCCACUGUAUUACUCCCAUUACCUAGAUAAUAGGCAAAUCCAAUUAACUUGUUAUUUUAACCUGCUUAUUAUUUAGAAAGAAAGCAUAAGCUAAUGAUUACUAUAGGUUUCAUCCUGUAAAAGGUUUAAUAUCAUAUCAAUUUUAUAUUACAGUAUGUAUGAUCUCUUUGAGCAAAAAGAAUUAAACAGAAAAAAUGCUGAAUUUUAAGAUACAUAUUAUAACCACCAUUUGUACUACUGUAUGGUAUUUGCAUUUUAUUUUAAAUGCACACUUAAUUCAAGGCUUUUUUCUUUAGAUUCUCCAGAAAAU